AGUCAGUCUGGAGUCAGGUAUAUAAGACGCGGGAUUAGUCAGAUUAGUCUAGUCAGUGUUGUGUGCAGUGUAGCUUGAUAAUCCGUUGAUUGAGAAGCUUGAUAAUCUGUUGCCCACACAGACCAGAUUUAAAAUCUCUCUUUACAUUUAAUCGAGAUUAACAGUCUAGAUUUGACAUCUAUUUUAAAGUGGAAUAAGCCUGUGAGUACUGCGGAUUUUAAGUUCUUUUCACAAGUGGAUUUGAAGUGUAUUUUACAUUGGAAUCGAAGAGCUUCGAUUUAAUUUCACCUGACAUUUCUGUAAGGAAAAAGGAUAUCUGCACCAAACAACUCCCCCCACCUCCCUGUGUGAUGGCCGUCCUCUGGUGAGACAAGUGUCGUCUUCAUAGGUGAGGCGCCAUGCCCUCCCCCCACAACUCCCGCAAGUAUGCCGACCAUGUCCGCUUCACCUCCCUGGAGACGGCAGAGCCCGUGACCCUCGGGACAGACGGCACAGCGGCCACCCUCACCCCCACGGUCAAGGUCAUCUCGCCGUACAUCUCGCUCAAGGCCGCCCUCGUCAUCUUUCUGGUCGUCACGACCUUGAUCUUGGCCAUCGUCUGCACGGCGGUCGUGCUUCACCUUGUGCUCAACAGUCAAACAUAUGUAGAUCAACAAGUUGGUAACACGACAUCAUCAACCAACUCUACACCAGCAGCUGAUGUCACCACAGAAACUACAUGGACAGCAUCAACAAUCACACCAACUACCUCAACAGCAACCACACCAAACACAACCACAACCACACCAACUUCCUCAACAGCCAUCACCACACCAAACACAACCACACCAACCCACACCACAGCAACUACAACCACACCAGCUACUACAACAUCAACUACAACUACAACUCAAACAACCACACCAAAAAACAUCUGCCCAGCCCAGGAGUUUAUGUGCGCUGACCUGGAAUGUCUGCCCCAGGAUGUCGUGUGUGAUGGUAUCCCGGACUGUAGGGAUGGUAGCGAUGAGGGAGUGAAUUGUGCCUGUGCGAUUGGUCAGUUCAAAUGUCCUAACGGUCAGUGUAUACCCCAACAUAAGGUCUGUGAUGGAGACUAUGACUGUAUUGACAGCGGGGAUGAGAUGAAUUGUCCAAACUGUGAUGGCUUCAGCUGUGUAUCCAACAAACUGUGUCUGUGGGACAACAACCAGCUGCGCUGUAACGACAUGUUUAACUGUGAUGAUCUUAGUGAUGAGGUUAACUGUACGCGAGGCUCCUCCAGCAGAGAGUGCAGGAAUGGGGUCAAGGUCAUCCCCAGCUUGUGGUGUGAUGGCCUGGAUGACUGUGGGGACAACUCGGACGAGGAAAAAUGUGAUUGCAGGGGAAACAACCUGUACUCCUGCUCUCCCCCCUCGGGUCAGUGUAUCCAAAGAACUCAAGUCUGCGAUGGUGUCAAGGAUUGCAGAAAUGGCAGGGAUGAGAUGGACUGUGCUAGGUGUAGGGGUGAGAUGUUCCAGUGUGUUGACUACACAUGUGUCAACACGUCUCAACACUGUGAUGGUAACGUGGACUGCAAGAAGAAUGGAGGAGACGAAGAUGACUGUGCUCAAGUCCUGCCGUCUGCUGAGCUCGAGGUAACAAUCAGUGACGUCAGGUGGUCAGUGUGUUGGGACAACUGGCUGGACAUUCAUGGCGCUCACGUCUGCUCCAGCCUCAAUAAGAGGUAUUUGAAGGCGUGGCCGUCAGACCCCACCCAACCAGACCAGAGCAGGUACGCCACGCUGAAACCUGGGGAAUGGAACUCAGGGAAGCCACUGGUAUCAAACUUUAUGCUCAGUGACCUGUGUGCUUCAGGGCAGGUCGUACACAUACAGUGUGUACCCAAAGGUGAAUGCGGGGAAAGAAAAACUCCAAUUCUGGAAUCUUCUGUGGCAGGAGGGGGAAUAACUCCUCUUGGGAAGUGGCCGUGGGUUGUAUCCCUUGCCUUUCUGGACAAGCCAAUUUGUGGGGGUGUCCUGAUCAGCAGUCGUCUGGUCCUUACAGCCGCUCAUUGCAUCAUUUUCCCAGUCCCACUGGUAGGGAGACAUGACCUGCGACAGACACCAUUUUAUUUCACUGUGGUGGCAGGUGCUACCAGCUACCUCCUCGACCAGGCCACACCAACAGGCGGUCAGCAGAUGGUGCGGGUGGCCAAGAUUGACUACCACAACAUGACGGCCGUCCAGGAGAACGGGGGCGUGGCCUGGGACCUGGCCCUGCUGCAGCUUGAGCAGGAGCUGGUCUUCUCUGAUGUGGUCCAGCCACUGUGUCUCCCAGCUCCGGGAGCUGUGUUUCUACCCAGCUCCCAGUGCUAUCUGGCGGGCUGGGGGCUGCUCAACAGUAGGCAAUACAUGAAGCCGAGCCGCCUGCGAGAUGCCAGGAUGAUGGUGUGGACUGAGGAGCGGUGCAGGAGGAACGUGGUCGCUGGGGAGGCAGUGGUCGACACAAACUCAACCAUCUGCACCGGUUACAUUAUGGGCCGUCCAACCGGUUGCCAGGGUGACAGUGGCGGCCCCCUGAUGUGUCUGGACCCCACGUCUGGCGUCUACGUCCUGGCCGGCAUCAUGAGCCAGUCCAGCACGGAGUGUGGCAGGCUCCGGACCAACCUCCCUGCCAACAGGUUCGCCAGGGUCUCUACAGCUGUGGACUGGAUACAGGAGAUACAGAACUCUCUGGAACUUUUGUGACACCAGUAGCUUCAACAAUUGGUGAUAUAAUUGAUUCAACAGUCUAUUGCCCAAUUGGCUUUAACAAUUAGUGAUCUAAUUAGUUCCAACAGUCCUUGACCAAUUAGCUUUAACAAUUGGUGAUCUAAUUGGGUCCGUCUAUGACACAAUAAGAUCCAAAUCUCUUGAACUUCUCACUAGUUACCCAAUUAGCUUAAUGAACCUAAUUAUGACCUAGUUCAUCAUUCUCCAUCUGCCUCUGGUUUUAAAUAUCAGACUUCCAUAUCUAAAAAGGUGUGUUCACAUUUGUUUUAAAUUCUAAGGUGUGUUCACAUUUGUUUUAAAUUCUAAGGUGUGUUCACAUUUGUUUUAAAUUCUAAGGUGUGUUCACAUUUGUUUUAAAUUCCGUCCAUGCCAAAUGUGAUCAAUCACUAACUCUGAGCAAAGCAGAUCCCUCUGUGUUCACAUGACCUAUGUGACUGUGACUUGUGUGACUUAUGUGACCUGUGUGACUUGUGUGACUUAUGUGACCUAUGUGACUGUGUGACCUAUGUGACUUAUGUGACUUUGUGACUUAUGUGACCUGUGUGACCUGUGUACUGUAAAUAUUGAUAUGCCUCAUGUGUUGGUACCUAGAAUAUUUAAACUGAACCUGUAAGCCUCUUCAAAUCAGACGUCUUUCAUUUCUCUAACCCAAGAUACUGUUGUACAUGCUAACCCUUUUAAUUAAUGUAAUACUUAAAGGUCAAAGGUGAUCUGAAUGUAAUUUUUUUUAAGGUCAAAGGUUGUGUAUAUAUCAAGAUGUUAUUUUCUAUAUUAGCUAACUGGUUGUGACUCAAAUGUUUAUGUACACAUUUUUAUUUACAUUUUUUUACUUCCCUUGGUUGUUAUUUAAUUUAUUUCUACCUAAACAUUUUUUGUUACUCCGCUUGGUUGUAAAACUAUUUACAUUUAUCUCACUAAAUAUUUUACAUUUUUAUCUUUUUUUAACAGUCAAUUUGACUGUGGUUCUCUAGUUAUUUCUUAAACUCUAAAUGAUGUGCCUUUUUUGUGUUUUUAACAAAUUGUCUUGAUAUCAUAAUUUAAAAUCAAAUACUGACCCCACAGUGGAAGUCAGUUAAAACAUUCCAAAAUGUAAAAAAUAAUUUUUGUAAACAACACAAUGUAUCAUAUUUUAAAGGAAAGUUUUUUUUACAAUUUAUUAAAACUUAUUUAUAUAAUUGUAUUUAUUCUGAACUUGGUAAUUUCUAGAUAAUAAAUGGUAACAGAAUGUAGAUAUGGCAUGACAUUCAAUGAGAUGUCGUGCCUUGUCAUGUUGUAAGCUGAUGUCGAUGAAGCUGCUGAUGUCGAUGAAGCUGCUGAUGUCGAUGAAGCUGUACCAUUCCUGUCUGAAGAUUUGUUGCCAGCAUGUUGUUGGUAGCCAUCACACCAGUGAUAAGUGAUAAACAUUGUAUCACUAAACAAAGUGAUAAACAGAGUAUCACUAAACAAAACCUAUCAGUUAGGGGGUCAUCCGACAUCUUACAUUGUGACUUAUGUGACCUGUGUGACCUAUCAUUUAGGGGUCAUCCAUAAAUGACAUCUUACAUUGUUAGCCAGUUUUAUACCCCAAACUUCUAUCACCAAAUUUAACAAAAUGUAAGGAAAAGUCAGGAAAAGUAAGACCCUUGACACCC